AUGUCUGCGCCAAAAUCUAUCAUCAUCUCAGGUGGCUCGAAAGAAGAUGGAAGCACUGUCAAAGUCGGCGCUACUUUCACCGGAGACGUCUGGCUCGACUUGAUCCACGCCGACGUCGAUCUCGCUCUUGCCAAUGUAACUUUCACGCCUUGCGCACGGACUCAUUGGCACACGCACGAGAAAGGCCAGAUGAUUUCUGUCACUCAAGGAAAUGGGUGGUUGUGUGACAAGGGAGAUAUAGCUAGACCUAUUAAGAAGGGAGAUGUAAUCUGGGCGCCAGCUGGAACUACCCACUGGCACGGUGCUGACGACGGAACUCUGAUGUCCCAUUUUGUUGUUGGCUUGGGAGAGACAAGAUGGCAUGAGGCUGUUACUGAUACAGAGUACAAGAAUAGAGUGGCCUAG